AUGCCACAACGAGGGGACACCAACUAUGAUAAACUUUAUAAGUUGCGUCCUUUCCUAGAAAGAAUUUCACAUAACUUUCAGAAAGCACUUAAUCCAAAUGAAUGUAUGGCAGUGGACGAAUCAAUGAUUAAAUUUAAAGGAAGAUUUUCUAUAAAACAGUACUUGCCAAAGAAGCCUAUCAAGAGAAGCUACAAUGUGUGGGUACUAGCAGACAAAUCUGGCUAUGCAUGGAAACUGGAUAUUUACACAGGAAAGAAAGAUAAUGCUGUGGAAAAGAAAUUGGGAGAAAGAGUUGUGAAAGACUUCACUGAAAAUAUUAAAGGUAAGGAUCACAGAGUUUACUUUGAUAAUUAUUUCAGUAGCCCAGAUCUCCUUCGAGAUUUGAAAGAAAACAAAAUACAUGCCUGUGGUACAGUGAAUCCAAGUAGAAAAUUUUUACCUAUGCUGAAAAGUGACAGGGAAAUGAAAAGGGGUGACUAUGUUUGGGCUACUAGCAAUACAGGCCUUAGUGUGAUGAAGUGGAAAGAUAAGAGAUCCGUCCAUCUGCUUUCAAAUUUCCAUGAUCCAACUCAAGCAACAGAGGUUACAAGAAAGGAAAAAGAUGGAAAUGAAAUAAAUGUUUCUUGCCUCAUUGCUCUCUCUGAUUACAAUGCCAACAUGAAUUGUGUAGAUAAAUUUGACCAGCUGAAGGGCGUAUAUGAAACUGACAGAAAGUGGUGGCACAGAAUAUUUUGGUACUUUAUUGAUGCCACCGUGGUGAAUGCUUUCAACAUCCAUAAAGAAAUGAAGUUGCCUAAGAUGACUCAGAAGGACUUCAGAAGAGAAAUCGCAAGGGAUUUAGUGGCACCUGCCUUGGUAGCUUCAAGAGGUAAAAAGUGA